UCUCAAGGUGGGCAUCACACACGCUUCUUGCUACUGCCCACCUGUUGCUAUAAUGAGGUGUAACACUACUUUCUGUGUGGUGAUGAAGUGUAAUGUUGGUGGAUGAUGCUUGUAGUCCAUGAAUGAGGGGUGUCUGUGGUAAGAAUUGCAUGAAGGAAGGUAAGCAUCUCAUCUCAGAGGUGGAGUGUCAUAAGAGUGCUAUGGCCUGUUUGGUGCAUCGUACACGCAAAAUGUGUUAUCUGGCUUCCAUGUGUGUACUGGAGGUCACGAGGCGACCACAAGUUGGGGCUGGCUGUGAGGGGUUUCGAGUGUAAUAGUGGUUAAAGAAAUGUCAGCGAUUGAAAAUAGGUAAUAGUUCGAAAAGCACAUUUCGGUAAGAGUUGUCAAGAUUUCUGAUUGUAAGAAAAUUUGAUGUGAUCCCCGCAUUAAGUGACGAGUGUCUUAGGUUUUGAUAAGAAAAGAUAAAUAGAAUUUUGAAAAUAACAGAAAUUAAUGUGUGUCAGGUGUAUAGCUAGUGUCAGUUGCAUAACAAGUGUCGGGUAGGUAACUAGCGCCGGGCACAUGUGCAAUAACAACGAACUUUGGAAUAACAAGAAGACCCAAGUACUUAGUAUUGCUACAGGUGAGUGUCGAGAUAAUUGCUGCGUACGAAUGCGCUGGAGUGCCACGUGGGAAGACUCUUGGUAAUGAAACGAGUUUCUUGUAGUGAAGCACCGCAGUUCGUAGACACUGCACUGUAGAGAAACUGCAGUGGGAAGAAGCCUGCAGUGUAAGACUGCGUGUAUAGCAAGGGGUGAAGGACUAUGGCCGCUGAUCUGCAGAAGGACCUCCCUCAUCCCUGGAGCUUCGCUGUCACUCGAGACGGACGGAUCUUCUUUAUUAAUGAGGAGGCUCGAGUGACCACCUGGCUACACCCCGUCACCUGUGAACCUGCCAUCACCGGACACCGACCCCUCCCAGACCUUCCCAAAGGCUGGGAGCGUGGCGUAACCCCAGAAGGCAUCCUAUACUAUAUUGACCACAACAGGCAAGAGACAACGCUGGUACACCCGGUAACACAGAAGUCUGUGGUCAGAGCAGAGGCCAUCCACUCCCCCCCGCCCGCUGUACCAAGGUUCGAGGCCGCGCCUCCCACCACACACUCCAACACUCUCAAUAAUAAUGAGACCAGGAAAGGGGUGGGACGGAGGCGGCUAGGUGGGUCCUGGGUGAAGACACCUGGGCUACGGCGUCCACAGGUGUCGGCGGUUACUCUACAAGGGUGGCUCUACAAGCAAGGUGCCGAUGGACUCCACCUCUGGAAGAAACGCUGGUUCGUCCUCUCCGAGUACUGCCUCUACUACUACAAGGGUCCGGAGGAGGAGAAAGUGCUGGGGUCACUUCCGCUGCCUUCGUUUAAGAUCAGCCCGGUGGACUCUGAGGACCGGGUGUACCGCAAGCAUGCCUUCAAGGCUGAGCACCAGAACAUGCGGACCUAUUACUUCGCUGCUGAGACCAAGGACCAGAUGGCUCACUGGAUGAACGCCCUCUCUCUUGCCUCCAUUCUCCAGAAAGAUACCAGCCUGGAAGAAAAAUGGAGCAGUGGCAGCAGUGCCCGACGCAGUGAAAGACCAUCAGUGUCGUCUUUAGCAUCUACAGCAUCGCCCUCAGCAGAUGAGAGUGACUCUGGUUUCCAUGGGUACCGCUCAAGGAGGUACCGUUCUCCUGACGGCAGGUCCCUCGACGAGGCAAGUGAGUCAUCACGUGUGCAGGGUGAUCGGCUGAAUACAUCCUGUGAUUCUUCAGUAAUCUUACGGCCUGGGGAUCGCCAGCCUCUUUAUGCAAAUGCUCCACCAAAACCUAAACGCUUGAACACUUCUCGGGAUUAUAGCACCUCUCCAGAGCGAUCCCCAGAGAGAGACGAAAGGGAUCCACGCACUUACACUGAUCAUGGUGGUGGUGGAAAUGGCACAGUUGAGCCACGAAACCCAGAUGGUCGAGGCUUACACUAUCACCCUCCUGCUGCUGAGCGAAGGACACCUGAUGCAUAUGGCGUGACAGCAGGCGGUGGACGUGGAGAUUACGAAGAUGUAUAUGGGGAUAGCAAUGGGUCAAACUCCGUUCCUCAUAGCCCUGUUCGAAGGCCUGAACAACGAGACUCUUUUGCUUCUUCGAGAAGUGGAGGAACAAGACUGUCCGAAGAAUUACAGCUUUCAGAGCCUUUAAGGUCCAACUUUUGUCGGCAAGACGAUACACUUCCUCGUGUCUCCCACCCAGAGCCUCAUCACUGUCGUCACCCAACGGGACCCCCUCGUCCACAUAGUGCAGAUUUCCUUGACUACGAUCGAAGACACGGUAGCAGCAACAUGUGGUCUUAUCGGCGUGGAAGCGGUGGUGAUCUGCCAAGACAUGAAGAGACAAGACCGAAAUCUUCUGUUGGUCAGAAUGAAUCAGACCAUUGGUCUGAGGAGAACUAUGCCCAGAAGAUGCGCCAGUCAUCACUGUAUCAUUCACAUAUGCACAGUAGAUCAUCUGCUCGUUAUUCACCAGCCGGACGAGGAGAAAGUCCUGGGAGUGAUCAUCACCACUUGCACACUGCUCAUGUGGGUGCACCUCAGCGUGUACCACCUGCAGGAGCUGCUACUCCUGACUUAUAUACUUCACAUAAACCAUCUACCACCCCAACACCUGCCAGUGCUACUAACAGCUUGCGGCGUGGUGCUGCCCAAGAUUUGAAAGAAAUUCCAAGACAAGACACUGGCCAGGAACCAUGGGGAGAGCUCAGGCAAUACUCAAGACGUGCGCCUACACAAGAUGGUCGACAAGAUCGAAGAUUAGAUACAAGACAGACUCAUCGACAAGACUCCUGUCAGGAUCCUCGUCGGGUAUACAACCACGAGGAUCCUCUCUAUAAGCAUGAGAUUUCACCAAAUACUACUCUCACUAGUGUCCCUACUCCACCAGGUAGCUACCCUAAUAGUGCAUCUCCUAAUGGUAGUGUCAACAAUAGCUUCAUGAGGUCAGCAUCAGCAAGGUUACCUCGUCAUCCCUUGCAAGAUGAUAUGAUGAAUACUUCUUUGCCAGAUGAUGGCUCAGAUGGAGACAGCAAGAAGAUGCAACAGCGUGAAGAGUCCAUGAAGAGACUGCUUGAGUGGAAGCAACGAAUGCUGCAGUCCCCGCUGACACGGAAAUCCACUUCUCGUCCUGACUCCACUGCUACACCACAACCCCGAUCAAAUAACGAGGCUUAUAGACAACAGGUGCUGAAUGAGCUGGUGAUCCAAGAAGCCAGAACAAAAGUAAUCCAGUGUCAUUCACACACUCAAAGCCUUUUACCUGGAAUGGAGUCAGGUUUAAAUUCACCUGUGGGAUCUGUAGUAGGAAUUUCUCAUGGUUACUCAGGCAGUACAAUACCUGCUCCACUCCAUGGGUCAGCAAAUACCAUAGAUUGGGUUCCUGGUAAUCACACUUCAAAUAAAGAACCCUUGAAUUAUGGUUCAGUGAAUCAGGGAGGUUUGAGUGCACCCAUUGGGGUGGCAAGUGAGAGGCCUGCCCCACAAGGUGGCUCUUCACACCAAGGGUCAGACAGCAGUAGUACCAAGAGGAGAGAAGGACGAAGAGAAAAUUCUAGGACUAGGCAUGUCAGUGGCGGGGAUUCUCGGAGAUCCACUUCAGCUUCACGAUACAACAGCUAUUCAUCAGAUGAAGAUGAUUUGUUGGAGGAGCGAGAAACCCGUAAAAGGACCCGACGUAACUCUAGAAGAAGCAGUGCAGACCUGAGCCGUGAUGGCAAGCGGGUUGGAAUUGGCCUAGAUGGUCGAGGACGUGACACUGAAGACAGGCAUGAAGAUUCCAGAGGCUUUUCUAGGGAUAACAUGAAUGAGAACCCAGUUGAUCACUAUGUACCUCACCAAAUAUCUCCUCCAGAUAUAACCACCUCAUCUCCAGAUUAUGUAAACAUAAACAUUGUAAAUGAUGCACAUGAAGGUAAGCAUAUCAGUGCUUCCAGGGGCAGUGCAAAUGUUGCAGAUGUAGAAAAUGUGUACAAUGAGCGGACAGUGAGCCAAAGAGCUGAGCCAGUUUUUAUCGAAAAGCACGAGAGAUACGAUGAAGUUCGAAAGCAGCAUGAACCUCGGCAACAGGAAGCUGAACAAAAAUUUUGUGCGUCCAGAAAGUAUGAGCAAAGUUAUGUGUACAGUGAUCAGUUUUAUGCAACUAGAGAUCCAUAUUAUGUAUCUGACGUUCAAAUGCCUGCCAUGAACGAAAAUAAAUUUGAAGACAUUAAAAGUAAUAAUAGUCCUGUGAACAGUGGGUUAUGCAAGGAAUUAAAUACUUCAUAUGAAAUGCAGAAUUCCUCAAAAUUCCAGUCAGACAACAGUUUCUUUAAACAACAAGAUAAUAGUGAAGAAGUGAGCCCAUCAGCAGAGAAGAAUAAGAGUUUCCUUCAUAAGCCAUCAGGGAGGGAAGAGAGUGUUGAUAACUCUGUUGCAUAUACUUCCCAUGACUCUCAUACAGGCCACAAGACAGACAACGUUAACAUACAAGCAUCUCAGAGAGGGGGUAUACAGGAUGACACCACAUCCACUGGUAAAUACUCUGACAGUGGCUAUGAUACCCUACGAGCUGAAAUGUCUCUUCGCCGAGAAGAAAAAAGAAAUGUCAGAGGAGGUUCUCUAUGGAAUGCGGAUAGUUUAGAGAGCAGCCCAGAGUGUUCUAGUGUGGUGCGCCGGCGAGGUUUUGACCAUUCUGGAAGAAGACCAGAAACUUGGAGCCCAGAAAAGUUUGAUAGAUCAUGGGGAACAAUGGGUUCAGAUUUAAAAUCAAAAGUAGAUGAAUCAAAGGUAGUAAAGGAAUAUAGUUAUGAAUAUAUAACCCCAGAAAAGAAUCAUGAACCAUCACCACAGGAGAAUUUAAUAAAUAUGUCCAAUUCCUUGAAAAAAUCUACUCCCAUCUUGCCUUCUUUAGAAAGUCCAAAGAUAGUGCAGGAAACUCACCAUCAAACACAAAGCCAAAUAAAUUUAGUCCAGGACCGUAUCAGGAAAUUCACAAACAAAGCUUUGGAUACCAAAGAAAAUGUGAAAAAUUCUGUGGAAUUGCAUGUGAGCCAAACAAGACAUAACGAAUCAAAGACUAAACUAGAUAAUCAAGUGAUCAGUGUUGAUUCUGUUGAGCAUCCAGUUGGCAAUAUGAAAGAACCACUUAAAGAACCUUUAAAACCAAUUUCCCCACAUGUUCGAAGUUCAGAAGCACUUGUCUCACCGCUGAAGGCUGAAUUUACAACCUCAGAAUCUACUAUGGUCACUGCCCAAGAGGCACAGGUAAAGAAUAUUUCUGAUUACAAAAGAAGGGAGGAAGUGAUUGGGGCUUCACCUUGUGAAGAAAGCCCUUCAACAAGUCUCAGGUAUAACUCAAAUUCAGAACCUUCAAGUGUAGAAUAUAGAGAGCUUAGAAGUCCUCAGGAUAUCAUGGACUCAAGGCUGAGCCGAACAAAUAUUAGAAAAUUUUUGUUUGACGACGAUAACAAGCCCCAGGAAAUAAAACAAGAUGAGCAUCCAGUUAUCCCUGUGAAGCCUCCUCUUAUGAAGAAACCAGUUCAGUCACAUUCGGUGAAGGCUCUUCUCAAGAACUUUGAAGAAAGGUCAAUAGAACACAUGGAAAGAGUUAACAUGAACCAAGAUUUGUCCAGAAAGAAGUUUCACAGUGAUUCAGAAAUGUUAUCAAAUGAAAGUUCAAGUGAUGAAGGGCAAAAUGAAGAUCUUUACACCAGUUCAGAGAAGAUAGCAGUGUCAUCCACUUCAUCUGUUUUGGCUGAAUUACGCAAGUCUGCCAAUAAAAAAGAUGAAGUGGUCCCUCUUGUUCCCCCGCCUAGACCACCAAAGAAACCAACUUUAGGAGGAGACAUGGACACAGUUGUUGCUCCUGGAUAUUUAAGAUUGAGUUUGGCAGAGUCAAUACAGGAGUCUCUUAAAGUCCAGGAGGAUAGUGAAAGCGGAGGUGAGGAGCAUAGUUGGAUAGACAGUUCUCUUAAUAGUGAACAUGGAAAGCAUAACUUCCCACCUCCAGACAAUAAGUUUGUCAUUAUUGACCUUGAUAAGCCUCCUGAAGAGGAGGCCCCUCCACCUCCAAUAUAUCUUCCUUCGAGUGACCAUCAGAGCUCUUUAAUGCGACCUAAUCCCUAUGCUGAAGAAAAUUACUUGCCCAUGAGCCCUCCUAAGAAACUUGGUCAGGGAUCAAGCAUCCUUGCCCCUGCUAGCUCAUGCAGUAGUCUAAGCAGUAAGCACCUCCCGACACCAGAACCUAUAUAUCCUGAUGCCUUUGCAAAAACUGAAUACGAAGAACACACAUAUAUUGAGAUGAGUGGAGACACAUCUUCAAACAGUGCCUCAGUCCUCGCUUCAGGUGCUCCUCGACUUGACUUCAACCGAAUUGCUGGUGAGCAGAUGUUUGCUCCAGAAAGCCCAAGGUAUUAUGAAAUUGGUGAUAAAGAUGAGCCUCAGCAUUAUGAAUAUAUAUACAAAGGGCAGUCUCAUUAUGAAGCUAUAUAUAUGGAGGUUCCAAAUUCUGAAAAAGAUGGACCCAUGGAAGAUGAAAAACCACAGAUCCCAGAUAAACCUGAUGAUCUAAAAGCACAGUCAAGUACUGACAAACCCUUUGUAUCAGAUACUGCUUUAAACUCUUCACUCAGCAAAUUAGAUCUGAAAUCUCAGUCCAAUGCUUCUUCUGAUGCAGAUGAUGAGGCCUCUAAGGACCUGGACAGUCUAGAGCCUCCUCGCAACCCACGCUUUAGCCUAUCGGAUACUUUCAGACCAGCAUCAUAUUAUUUGAGUGGGGCAGAGCCAUCCAGUGAUCCAGAUGCCCAGGACUCAUCUGAUUCUGACCUUGUUCCACCUCCUCCAAUACCAUUGAGCCCACCACCAAUGGAAGAGCUAGAUAGUGGAGGUGGCCCAAAAGCUAAGAACUUUGACUUUGAAAAUCUAGAAACCCCAGAUCCUCCACCACACUUACGAAAUGCUCUGAGCUCUUCAAGAUCAUUGAGGAUUAGCCAGAGCAGUCUUCGAGAAGACCUGAACUCUUCAAGGUCUUCAGUUGGAAAGGACAGACGAAUAUAUGAAAAAUCUGACUCUUCAGUCAGUCUUCACCCAGAUAAACUGAAGAGAAGACCUGUAUUUGAAGAAACUCUUGAGAGCCUCCAUGAUGAUGAUAGCUUUAUCUUGAGAUCUGAGGAUAGAUACCCAGCAUCAGCAGCAUACCCUGGAGAUUAUACUUUACCUGGAGCAGAUAAAAAAUUCCAGAGAGACAGACGGAAACCCUUCCCUCAAUGUGCUGAAGAUAUUAUUCUUCCAGGAGACAAACAUGAACCCUCGGCCAGACCAAAAUCUGCUUUGGAUCAUAAUUCCUCCUUCCAGAACAAUUUAGAUACUUCAUAUUCUUCCAGCAAAAUUGAAAAUCCUUAUGUGAAUGAAGGGUUUCAGCACAAUGCUCGACCACUUAUCACAUCAUGUCAGAAUGCCCCUAUUGGAAGAGAGUAUUGCAAUGUUCCUCAGAAUUCCAAAAUGUUCUCACAACCAGAGAGAGAGAGAUCAAACUCCACUGGAUCACGACCAAAAUCUCCUGAUCCUUAUGCAGAACGCAAUGAGGUGUCCACUUACCAAAAUGUUCCUGCACCUAGAACAUCCUUAUUGAGGAGGAGUUCUCCCCAGCUGAUGUCAAUCAAUAAUGAACCAACUGGAUCACCAAUGAUUGAUGCACUUCGUGGAGUACACACCCCUGUGGCCCAGCUGAAUGUAAGUCAUCAGCGAACAUCUUCAGAAACAUCAUCCCGGAGUGUGGUGAGUCCAACAGCGAGUGUCAUUUCAAGUGGUAGCAACAUGGCCCCGGUCCACUUGAGAGCAACUUCUAAUGCCUCUGUGGGCAGUGAGACCAGUCCACGCUCUGCACCUUACUACUACUCUGAUGUAAUUCGUGACGAUGGGGCAGCAUUAGCAGAGGGAAUAGUAGGUACUCCUCGCUCUCGAUCUUAUCAGUUGAAUAAUCAGCGUGAUCUUGAGGCAAACAAGCGGCAAGACAUUGGAAGAAAAGUAAAUCAGAUCACUAGUGCUUCAGAUUUUGAACAAAGAAGGGAAAGAUUGGCUCAUGAACUGAGAACGUCCGUCGAGUUUCUUGAGGGCAAGACAGUCUCUUCCCCUGAUGAACGUAACGUGUAUGACUCUGAUACACUUAGAAAAAUGAAACGACGUGCAUAUACUCCAGAUCCAGACCUAGAUGCCAAAAAUGUUUUUCCCCAUGGGCUGUCAAUUAAAACAGAUAGUCCUACUUUAGGUCCUCCUGUAGGCCAUCGUAGAACCCGGUCUUUGGAGGGUCUUCUAGACGAACCACCUCGGUCAUUUGUGGGAGGGGCCAGUAAUGUGUCGGCUGCUUUAGAGAAGAAGCAGGUAUGUACUGGCAGUCCAUCUCAGGCAUCAAACUGGACAAAGACAGCAGGACCACAGAUUGCUUUUGCUGCACCACAUAGUGUGAGGGGAAGUCCAAAUAGUUGUCUUAGUGCUAAUCCUUCCUCACAACCAACACUUACCUCUCAGCGUGGGGCAUUCUCUCAGUUGACUAGUCAACGAGCUUCUGUUAGCAGUCUCCACAGCAGUGGAAGUGUGCCUCAGAGAGCCACCUCUCCUUAUGCACCAUCACCCUUGCCAUUGCCUCCUAUGCCAUACCAAGUGAGCAAACGUGAUAGUCUUGUGAGUAAAGAAAGUUCUGCCAGUCGUGUCUCCUAUCAUGAUUCACAAAGUGCCCACGAGCUGCACAUUCCUGCCAAUCAUGACACUUUGAUUGAGGAGCAGGACUGGGAAGAUGACAGUCAGUGGCGCGAGCAACUUCGGCGUGCCUCUCUAAGACAUACCCGAUCCCUUGAAACCCUAGAUGAAAGUCGACCAAGACGGUCAAGUGACGGCAGUAACUAUGAAGGGCGCCCACCUGCCAGAUUAAGUGUGCCUAACAACCCAUCUCAAGUUGCAGAAGACACAAACCAACAGCGACUACAACAACUACACUUAGACGAAUACACAGUGGACUAUCGAGAGGGUCGUGUUCAUUCCAACCAGUACAGAAACAGUGGCGGCCUACACUCUGAAACUCUUGAGAGAACCCAAAGAGGCCUUACAUGUUUAGAAGGUUAUGAGUGGGACGAAGCUGAAGAAAAAUUCAAGAAGCCAAGUCCAGCGGGGCGUAUCCAGCAGCCACUGCCACAUCAGCCACCUAGCAACUUGCCACACCAGCCUUUUUUAGCCGACGGCCUCCCGCCUUCACCCGAGACAGAACGCGAGGACCAGUGUCAGUGCCAACAGAGCCCUGCGCUGCCCCCCGCCCCCGCCCCGCCCUCUCCAUGCCCGCAACUGCAGCCUUUUUUAGUGAGCGGCGGUGAGGGCCUGGAUGUGUCCUCGGGGGUAGGAGGGAGGCCCCCUGGUGAAGUCGAGGGGCAGCCUGAAGAGUUGGUUGAAUCACCCAUGGUGUCUCCUCCACCAGGCUGCACAUCCUCCACCAUCAUCACUCAUCCUGCACCUGAUGUCAUCCCAGCACAAGAUGUCAAAGUGGGAGAAAGUCUACCUCGCAGAUCAGAUCCCAACGCCCCUAAUUCCUCGGGGCCUCAGGGAUCUACCCACGCCCACCCACACGCCCAUCAAAAGUACCAGCAUCACCCGCACGCUCACCACCAAAAUUACCAACAUCAUCCGCAUCCUCAUUCACAGAACCAGUAUCACCACUACAAAAGUGAUGACUUACACAACAAAUACCAAGUAUAUCCUGGGCAAAAUUAUCAAAGUAAUGGGCCUUAUACUAACUACCCUGGGAACCAAAACUAUCCUCACGGUUACUCAGAGGAUCAUAACUACCCUAAUAACUACAAACAAGCUCCAAGUCGUCCUCCCAAUUACCAGGAGAGCCAGCAGCCUCUGCCUGCUAAUCCAAACGGUGAAUACAACACCCUCAAUAGUCAGAGUGCUAGGAUGAACGGUACGUAUAGACCCAACCACUACGACUUCCAGGACUACCAUAACUUCAAGAACCAUCAGCAGGAUUACAAAAAUCACCAGCAAGACUAUAAGAAUCACCAACAAGACUAUAAGAACCACCAGCAAGACUAUAAGAACCUGGAUUAUGGCACUACUUACGGGCGCCAUCACGACCAACGGCUCAACGGUCGCCCUCCUAAUGAUAUCCAUCAACAACAAUUUUCCGACUCUGAGCUUACCGUAUCUAAACCUCGGGCUCGGCGUGCCCUGAGCGGCCGAGCGGGCGGCGGGGUGCGCCCGGCCUCCCUCCACACCACUCCGCAGCACACCAUCUCCUCCUGCACUACUAACACCGUCCCGUACUACCACCAUCACCACCACCACCACCUGCAUCAUCAGCAGCCAGCAGCAGCGCCGCAGGAGAACGUGGAGGUGCGGGGCCUGCAGGGGGUGAGCGCAGGGGAGCUGCUGGGCAAGACCCACGAGGAGCUCGUUCUGCUGCUCAUCCAGCUGCGCCGACAUCAUUCUGCACUCCAGUCUGCCAGACAUCAUGCGCGCCUUGAGAGAGACUCCCAGGCUCGUCUUGCGCAGUUGGAUGGGGAACACCGGGAUGAACAUCUUCGACGCCUGACUAGCCUCAACCAUCACUUACACGAUCUAGACAAACAGCAGUAUGAAAUGGGUAAACCAUUGAUCAACCUAGUGGACAACAUGGUCAAGCUUGGGUCACUGUACCGAGGAGGAGACUCUAGACUUAAUGCUCAACACGACCCAAGGAGACCGCGCUCAUACUAUCAGGCAAAUGGAUAUGAUUCACUUCAGUUCUCUAGGAGAAUACAAGAACGAAGAAUAGUAGCUGAAGAUUUACAGCUGCAAGAAUAUGAAUUGGCAGCAGCAGAUCAGGCUGAUCUGGAGGGAAAAGUGAUGCAAUUGUAUAAGUUGGACAAGAACCUACAUCAAGAAUCACUGACCAUACAGAGCUUGCAGAGAGAGAAGGAGAUGCUGGAGCGCACCUUAGUUAAUCUCCACUCCAAGUCUCACGGUGCAAAUGAAGGACCAGUAGAGCUUGAACGCAGAAAGAAACAGAGACGACAUCUGGAACACGAGCUUUCCAAACUCCGCGCUCACCUUGCUGUAUCUGCAAGGAAACUAGAAGAGACUGCAGCUGAAAAUAGCCGCCUUGAGCAUGAAAUGAUGAUGUUACGGCAAAAAAUACAGAUGACAAUGGCCCGUAAUUCUCAGAGAGAAUCUGGCGGCACAUCUGAAACUCGUCACAUUGAAGCAGAAAUGGUUCGUGUGCAGACACUGUUAGAAGAUCUUCAGAGGCGAAGAAUUGAGCUUAGUCAUCAGAUCCAAAAACUAACAUCAGCUAAUCCUGGCCUAGAAAUCCGACCAUCACCAACAGGUAUGGUUGGAGCAGCACCUGUGCCUGCAAGACGGAGAACUCACAGCACCUGGCUAGAAACAGAUUUGGAUGCAAUGGUUACUCGGGAUAGAGGGAUGGACCCUCCUGAAGAUGGCAGAAGGAGCAAUCCUCCAGUCUAUGUUAAUGCUACUGGAUAUGUAGGAGAGGUGAGCCCCAGUGACUACCCUGAAAGUCCUGACUUCAAUGACUCUGAAUAUCCUCCACCUCCGCCUCCACCUGAACAUAUGCGCUCUUAUAAUCAACAUCUUGAUGGUCAGACAGGAUUGACAGAUCCUUAUCAAACAGAUCUUGGAUAUCUUCACUCACAGUCAUCCUUUGGAGAACCAAAACGAAGACAGCCGUUGAUGAAUGGGGAUAUAAAUAUGGAAGCCAUGAUUGGUUUAGAUCGUGAUGCUGAUGAUAACAAGCCUGACGGAGAGGAACAACAGUCUGCAGGUCAUCUAGAUAUUAAUGAUGCUGAUGACAGAAUGAAGAGAUAUUACGGUAUUCUUCCAAAAGAAAAGCCUUUAGAAAUCAAGACUGUACGAAUAGUCAAGAGAGAAUCCACUGAACGAAAGAAAGAUCGAGGUACAGGAGGGAAGCGUGUUACAAUUGGAGACUCAAGCUUAACACAUUUAUUAGAAGAUGAUGUUGAAAGUGAUGGUAUAUCAGAUGCUGAAAAUGAACCUCAAAUUCCUUCAUUUGCAUCAAGGUCUGCCUCAUUACCUCGUAACUAUGGACGUAAUGGUCCAGGAGAGAGAGUGAGCAUGAUGGCAGCUAUGAUGAGAACGAGUGUGGGAAAUGCUGCAACAAUGUCACGGCCAAGCAACUUAGCUCUCAAGAAGUCAGCAGGUUGGAAAUCUAAGACUGAGAACCCCAAAGACCGGCCAUUGAGUGCACAUGAACAGCUUUUUGGUUUUGCUCGGGAAACUGACCAAACCCCCCCAGUAUCCCCUUCCAAGUCGGACCCUCCCUCCCCUGUGUUCAAAAGUGCUGCAGCACAAGAAAUUAUAAAGGAAAUGGCUUCAGAGGCAGAAAAGCAUCGGCGUGCAGUGCCUAAAGAGAAGAGACGGCAUUUUACCAUCUCCAGUAGCCGGCCAAUAACAUUGGAAGCAAGAGAUGCUGGUGCAGAGGAGGGUGCUAGGUCGAGAGAUGACUGUGACAUGGUUCGUGCCUUGCGACCACGUAAUCAUCCAGAUGUUGUCAAAUCAACUUUGAGUACCCGAGAUCUUCGGUUUAACGAAACAACGAUUGACUCCGUUCUUGGUGCUCCAAGCAAAAUCUACAUUCCAGAAAGAUAUAUGCCAGAUGAGGAUGAUGAAAAAGAAUUAACUGAAGAAGAGCGUGCAUUAAGAGAAUUGAAGGCAGAAUCCAUCCGCAAAAUGCUGUCUGAGACACAGACCACGGCCACAAAGGGUGAGGCAGGAGAGGACCAGUCAUCAGAAAGUAAAACCACUGCCAGUUCCUCUUCAGCAUUCAAAGCCAAGGUGGCAGCUGAGAAGAAAGAACGUGAACACCUUUUAGCCUUGAACCAGAUUCUUGCUCGACAGGUCAUGGAGAAGAGUCGUGUAGUAGCAGUACGAGCUCUAACCAUGUUGACAAAGCAACCAAGUUCUUCCGAUGAUGACCUCUCACCAAUGCAGCCACUUCCUCUCGUGCAGCAGCGGGAAAACUACCUCGUCUAGAAAACCAGGAAGGGUACUGUACCUAGGAUACCUAAAAGCGCCUUUACUUUGGUCUCCUGAAAAACUACCUAGUCUAGUAUUGUAAAAAAAGUACAUAAUGGUGGCAUGACCAAGGAAGGAACUUGUUGAAUAAAUGUCACAUUGGCUGGAAUGACCACGUAAUUGUUCCUCAUGGUUAGGUGAUAAUUCAUAAGAGCUCUUGCCAGAGGUCUCAGAAGAGCUAGUAUUUCAGCUUCCUGUUUAUGAAAGCUGGACAGUAGUAAAUGUAUGUAGUAUGUUACCUAAUGAGGAUUGUAUGGAAUUUUAUUUACUCUGUUGGAGAGUUGUGUUGACUGAAGUUUCUUAUUUCUCAACAAUCCUUAAAACAUUAUUUAUUUUGAAAAUGCAUCUUAUAAUAUGGGACGUUAUGGUAUCUGAAUAAAAUGAACCGAACCGAAACAACCAAAAGUUUGUGCUUCUGCUUCCACUUGUAUACAAAAUACAGUAACUUAAUGAGUGUAUACCUACGAAAAGUUUUAAUGCACGUACUUAUUUAAACUGGUGAUCAAAUUCUUAGUUUAAUGUGAAAAAGUAAAAUCAGUUUUGUUUAUUAAGACCUUAUUUAUACAUAUAACGAACAAAUGAAAAAUUGUUUGACAAAGUAUGAAGUGUUAAUUUAUGGCAAAUAUCAGUGCUGAAUAUAUCUAAACUGAAAAUGCUAUCAGCAUCUGUAUUAUCAGUGAAUGCACAAGUUUCUGUGAAUUGAAACACACACUGUAUACAUAAAUCUGCCUUAUGGAGCAUAAAACUGAAAUGUGCCAAGUGUGAUAAGACUGAUAAUGGGUGGCUUCAUUUACAAGAAUGUGAUAAUAUUCUGGACCUUCUUUGUCGGAUUCUUCCAAGUGCUUGUACAGUAUGUCAUUCCUCUGUAUAGUUUUUUAAUAUGAUUAUUGUGAACAGAGUGUAAUAUUCACAUUUUUUUUUUAACUAAUUCAUUGCUCAGCUGUUCUUCCAUGAGAUAUAAUUUUUUUCUACUUUCCAUUUUUUAAAUAGCCCAGCUUCCUGUAUGUCAAUUUGCAUUUGGUGCAGCCAUUGCCAAUUUCCAAGAUAAAAGUGAAGCCAUUUCCUGUCUCAGCAUAAAAGAAAAAAAAGACUUUCCAAACUGUUGAGUGUGUUCAUGUACUUGAGCUUCCAAUAUGGUAUUGAAAGUUAGUUACAGUAUCUCCAGUUUUAUGGUGAAUGUUGAGAAUGUUACACUACCAAUGAGCAAUGCUAACUCAAGACCUACGAAUCCAGUCUCGGUGCCACAUUAACUGAAGCUGGUAUGUCAGUCCCUUAGGGUUUCUAUAGUACAGUAUUGUUAUUUCUUUUGUAUGUAAUAUGUCUAGGUCUGGUUAUAUAUUUUUGCUGUUAGAGAGACUGUCUAAUGGUUGCUAUUUUUCUAUACGUGCCUGCAUUCAAUUGACAAUUUUCACCCCUUAGAAAGCUCUUACCAUUGUGGUAUUAGCUUUAUGUAUAGGUACUCUGUGAUUCCUCAAUCCUUUGGACUGAUAGCCAGCUGCAAUAUAUAUGAACUAAGUGUGUAAAUAGUUUGGUAUAUUAGUAUUAAUUUUGAUUUUUAUUGGAAUUAAAUUUUUAAUACUAUAUUUUGCCCCCAAAGUAUUAUGUUAAUAAAUGAAACAUUUAUUUUUAUUUUUUACAUAAAUGCUUAGAAUUAAUUAAUUUGUAUGAUGUCUUUUAAAGAAGGACAUCAUACAAAUUAAGUUCAUUUCAAACAUAUCUUAAGCAAUAAUAUCAAUACAGCAUAUGAUCCUUUUCUUGAACAUAAUCAUAUUUCAGUAUUGUUGUGGUGAGACUGCCAGAAAAUAAGAAAUCUUUGUUAAAUAUGUUAGGUUGAUUUUUUAUGCCUUCAAUAAUAGUGUAAGGAAUGUCAGAAAGUCUAUGCUGUUGGUUAUACAUAAUAAUGUAUAUUUUAACUGCUCUUAAACUUGUGUAUUUUUUACAAAAGAUGUUUACUGUAUAUUGCCAGUACUAUUUUUUGGAACCUGUGCAAAAGAUUGUAUUGUGCAAUAAAUUCAUUGCUCUAACCUCUGCCACUGUUUUUAACAUACAGACUUUGUGAAAAGCUUUUAGCUGAGCCUUUAUGGUUUUUAGAGUUGCAAAUAUUAAUUUAUUAAAAAAGUACAAGAGUAUUUUAAAAGAUUUUGGGCAUUAGUGACCUACUUGGUUUUCUCUCUGUUCAUCUAUAUUUCCUUAUCCAUGAACUCCUCCAAGGAUGCAGCCAUGACAAUCAAGCCUACAGGAAAUCCUGUUUAACUACAACCUAACCCCAGGGAAGCCAUUCAUCUUUGUAAUCCUUCACUUUUGUCUUGAUGUUGGUUAUUUUCACCAUUACUUUACCCAGCUUUCUGUAUUUCUUCCACUUGAUAUCUUGCAUGCACCUCUGUUACUUUUGAAGUUCACAGUGGCACAAAACUCAUAGAUCAGGGUUAGAAAGUGUAUACCAUCAUGCAUGAAGGUCUCUUGAUACAAGGGAUUGCAACUACUUUUUCACUCCAUGGCUCAAACUUGACUGCUUAGUGUUCCUCAACACUGGGCACUGUAUAAUUACAGAUUGGUUGUCUGAUUUAACUCAUUACAAGUACUAUGGGCCUAGAAAACUUCUACCUGUGCUACUUUGUAAUUUUGUCUUCACAUCUAUCAUGUUUCUACCUUUCAGUGGUUCGUCGAAAAAAAAAAAAAAAGCUGUGGUAACCUUUCUGAUAAAACAGAAGACCUAAACUGUUGUAUCUGCACACCU